AUGUCUCAGCAGAGCGGAAACAAUGAUCCCAAUCGAACCGGCGAUACUAAAGGAUACCUGAGCGCCGUGAAAUCGGAAGAUGCGAACCAUCUAAGUAUGGUCCAAAAUUCUACCAAAGUCAACGUGUCAAGAUUACCUGUUGUAUGGGACCGUGGUAUAUCUACUGUUCAAAAGGUCUUUACAUGUCCUGCUGAAAAGCCGUGCGGGUAUAACACUGCCCAAUACAAAUUUGCAUGUCUGCAGGAGGAUGCAAUACUUUCACAUUUGGCCAGCAAACAUUCUGUAACACCGGCUGAUAAAGAUAAUGAUCAGAGAUUGAGAAAUUGUGAACACAAAGGGUGUGCGUCGUCGUUUUAUACUGAACAGGGAUUGCAAGAUCAUAAGUGGAAUGACGAACACUGA